AGUGAAUACGUCAGACGUCAAGAUGGAAGGCGUGUUUUUUUUUAGUUGAUGAAGCGUACAUCUAACAGCAUCAGAAACGAAAUGAAACGUUGUUAUUUAAAAAAAAAUCUCAAUCAUACAGGUGCUCAGAUAAAUAUGAUUUAAUACCGAGCACUAAGACCCGGUGGCUUGUCCGUCAUGGCGGAAUUCCAAAUAACAAGCCAGUCUCCAUAUGAGUGCACUACAUGAGUAGUUUGUGAUGCACUUCCGCGUCCUACGUAGAGCCAUAUUUGUCGAUGUAGAGGGGUUUUAGGACACAGCCCACGGUUAAGCUCUGCGAUCGGUCCUGACUGGGGACUCGUUUUCGCCUCCGCGCGGUGAUUGGGUGGAAGAUGGCGCUGGCCGAAUGGAAAUCCUAAUGACAGUUUCCAAAUUUGCCUCUUUUUGUACCAUGGGCGCCAAUGCCUCCGCUUUGGAGAAAGAAAUUGGCUCGGAGCAGUUCCCUGUCAACGAGCACUACUUUGGAUUGGUUAACUUCGGGAACACCUGCUACUGCAACUCUGUGCUCCAGGCUCUGUACUUCUGCCGGCCUUUUCGGGAGAAGAUCCUGGCCUACAGGAGUCAGCCGCGGCGCAAAGAGAACCUGCUCACCUGCCUGGCCGACCUGUUCCACAGCAUCGCCAACCAGAAGAGGAAGGUGGGCGUCAUCCCUCCGAAGAAAUUCAUCACGCGGCUGCGCAAAGAGAACGAGCUCUUUGAUAACUACAUGCAGCAGGAUGCACACGAGUUCCUCAACUACCUGCUGAACACUAUAGCCGACCUGCUGCAGGAGGAGAAGAAGCAGGACAAGCAGAACGGCAAACUGGCCAACGGCACGCUCGACUCGCAGAAGAGUAACAGCACUCCUCCGUCCACCACAUGGGUACACGAGAUCUUCCAGGGCACGCUGACCAACGAGACGCGCUGCCUCACCUGCGAGACGAUAAGCAGCAAGGACGAGGACUUCCUGGAUUUGUCUGUGGACGUUGAGCAGAACACUUCAAUCACGCACUGCCUCAGGGGCUUCAGUAAUACAGAGACCCUGUGUAGUGAAUAUAAAUACUACUGUGAGGAAUGUAGGAGUAAACAAGAGGCACACAAAAGGAUGAGGGUGAAGAAGCUGCCCAUGAUUUUAGCCCUGCAUCUGAAGAGAUUUAAAUACAUGGAGCAGCUCCAGCGCUACACUAAGCUAAGCUACCGCGUGGUCUUCCCUUUGGAGCUCCGCCUCUUCAACACGUCCGGAGACGCGACCAAUCCCGAAAGGCUUUACGACCUCGUCGCCGUGGUGGUGCAUUGUGGGAGCGGGCCCAAUCGCGGACACUACAUCGCUAUCGUCAAGAGUCACGACUUCUGGCUGCUUUUCGAUGAUGACAUCGUAGAGAAAAUCGACGCCCAGGCGAUAGAGGAGUUCUACGGACUCACUUCGGAAAUCUCCAAGAACUCUGAGUCGGGCUACAUCCUGUUCUACCAAUCCAGAGACUGAGAUUGCUCAGCACAGCGGCCCCUCGUGGAACCCUGCGGAACGUGCCGGCCUCCGUUUCCGAGUCCUGCUGCGUCCCACCCUGAGCAGGCUGGAUCAGAUCGCGCUGACGCCCCCCCCUCCCUCUUCCCCCCCGACCCUUCACCCCAGCGUCCUCCCCCUCCCCCCCGCGGCAAUCCGGAUGUGAUGCGGUUACAGCAUUGUGUGUACAUCGUGACAAUGUUUAAUCGCACUGGCUGAAAUGUGUUAAAUGUACUCGGCUCUGUGAUACUGACAGUCCUGACAUGCUGCAACCUUUCUAAGCCUGAGUUUCUGACCAAAGGCUUGUGCAUGGGGGGGAAAUUAGGGGGCGUGUCCCGAACAGAGGGGAGGGGCUAUAAACUGAACAUAUGGGGUUAUUUGUGGGUUUAUGUAUUUCUACCUUGUACAUAGUGGUAUUUGUAUAAAUAUUAUGAAAUUAUAAUAAUAUUAAUUACUGAUAUAGGUGAAAAAGAUUGAAACAUUGAAAAUAUGUAUAACACUAUGGUGCACUUUUGAUACAGUUUUGUAGGUGUUUGGCAGGUUUGUGUGAGGGUUUGCUUGAGACGGCCUGUUGUGAAAUAAUUUUCUGUUUUAAAGAAAAAGAAAUAAAGCGUAUAGAUCGAGAUGUAGAUAAAAGAUAAAUGUGAGCCUUUUAAUUGGAUUCCAUUUAACCCAGUGAAAUCAGGUUGAAAUAAAAAUAUCACAUUUACGCUAUUAGUAAAAAUGCUCGGGGUCUGACGCUUGCUUCUUUAGUUCUGCACUGAAGCUACUGUGUUAUUGUUGCUAACAGUUAAUAGUAAAAAAUAAAAAGAAGCAGUCACCGAUUUGCUGAUUCUAUCUGUGAGGACGAACAAAAUGUCACUGUCGUCACCGUUUUAUUUUUCAAAUGUAUUUAUUUUAACUCCAGUGCAGUUCGGUAUCACUCCGCCUCCCAGAAUGACACCAGGAAGCUGGAGGUUAUGCGAAUAAUAACAUAGUUCAUAUUUGAGCUUGUAGACAUAUCUGUAGGAAAGAUUUAGGGUGACGGUCGAGUGCAAACAUUUGUACACCCCACACCAAAGACAAAAUUAAGAAGAGUUGACAUUAUUUUGAAAUCGGUAUCUAUCUUUCUGAAUGUGUUAAAUGUUCUCUAGAUGUUUUGUUUUUUUUUUUUGUUUUUUUUUUUUAAAUAAACUUGUUUAUUUUUUGUUGAGGACUGUUGCCAGAUUCGCCUACAUCACAUUUUCAAAUUUGUGGAUUUCUGUGUUUUUUGUUUAAAAAAAAAUAAAUAUUCUAAUUCUUGUUCUGUUUUAUUAUUAAUAAUAAUAAUAAUAAUAAUAAUAAAAAGACGGGACAAAAAUGUAUAUUCAUUUGUAUCUUAUCCUCGGAGCUCCAGUGCAAAACUAAAGAACUUCAGAUACCAAACAUCUCAAGGCUGAUUUAUGGCAUUUGAAUAAAAAAAAAACGUUUGAAAAUGUGUAAAUUUUUUCACUGUGCCAUCAUUUCUGGGCGUUGUUGCUAAUCGGAGCUGUUGGAUCGUAGCCUGGUUUUAAAUCAAAUGUAAUUUCCACCUCACUGCUGGCCUGUGUCAGCGGAUCCAUCAGGAGCUCCGUCGUGUGUGUGUGUGUGUGUGUGGUUUUUAUUGGUUUUUUUUUUGGCUUGACAUGAUGACUCGUCCAUUCUCACAGAGGCCGCUCAGCGAUCGCUUAAAGUGUCUGGAAUGACUCAAGUGCUCGUUAGAUGCUCAAUCAAUUCGCCUUCAGGCCGUUCAGAGGAAUGUAAAGCAGUGCGAUGCUGAUUAAGUUCAGAGCAAAUUUGUCAAGAUGCACAAUGAGACACGUUCGACCUGUUUAGUCUGGGAUUAAUCUAUCUGCGGUGUGUAGAGGAGAGGCGUCAGCUGUACUGCUAUCAAUUGCUUUAAUCAUCGACAGGCUACAGUGGUGACACUAACCCUAUCUUCUUCACACUAGAAAGCGACAUUUUCUGUGAACUUGUGUGCGCCGCAUCGACAAGCGACAAAUGCGCAACGGUUGACGUUUCCAUUCUUUAUUUCUGUGCCGAUUGGGUUUGACGCGAUAUCCAAACGAUUUACGUUUACUGACGUGUAAAAUGGAAGCAAAACUUCUAACCCCGAUGUCCUUUCAUCCCGUCACAUACGACUGCAUGUUAACUGUCUGUAGAGACGUUACGAAGUAAAAUAAAGCUUGGGAGGAAGUAGCAGAGAUCGUCGGGACAUGUUGUGCGCGGCGUGUAUGUAGGAUUUGGACGGGACUAUAAUCCCAGGGAUAUUCCGGGAGGAAUCCUACAUCCAUGGGAUGUAAAAUGAAUCCAGUCUCAAUGAAGUUUACCGGGUGUAAAAAAAAAAAAACUGGAGCUUUAGAAUAUUUCACUUCGAAUAAAUAUAUGACAACCCGAGGGGCCACGGUGGCUUAGUGGUUAGCAGGUUUGCCUCGCACUUCCAGGGUUUGGGGCUUGAAUCCAGCUUGCAUUUUCAUCCCGUGUUUCAAGGGUUACCUCCGGGUACUCCGGUUUCCUCCCCGAGUCCAAAGAUUUACAUGUCGAAAUUGUCCGUUGUGUAUGAAUGUGUGUGCGAUUGUGCCCUGUGAUGGCUUGGCACCCCGUCCAGGGUAUCCCCCGCUUUGUGCCCCUAGUUCCCUCGGAUAAACUCCAGGCUCCCCCGCGACCCUGUGGAGGAGAAGCGGUAUGGAAAAUGGACGGACAGACGGAUGGAUGGAUGGAUGUUACAACUAACCCCAAUCUCCUCUACAUUCUUAUCUCAGACAUAGUCGGUGCAUUCGAAGAGUAAACAGACCGAAAAGUGAGGAGCUGUAGGGAAUUUAAGGGUUACACAGGAUGGAGAAAAACAGGAAAAAAUGCAGGAUGAUCGGAAGGGAGAUUGGAUGACACAGAUCAGCGUGCUGUUAAUAGCACAUCCUCAGAAUAGACAGUCACAGGGGAGCAGCGAAGUGAGCAACUUUAAAAGCAAACGCGGUCUGUUUCA